AUGCCCAAGGCAUCGGGUCUGCUCAGCACGGUCGCCCCAGUGGCCCGCAACGGGCUCCGCCGAUCGCAGCAGCUGGCGCGCCGCCUGAACGCAGGCGUCGCCGCCGCGGGCCGCCACUCGCUCCGCAUGCUGAGCAGUGCCUGGGCGCCGCCGGCGCCGGCCGCGGCGGCCGCUGCGGCGGCGGCAUCUGCAGGGGCGGUGGCCGCGGAUGACGACCGUGACUUAGUUUGCGACCUCGACUGGAAGGCGUCCCUCACGUUCGCCCAGGAGGUGAUCUGCUGGCACACCGCCGGCGCAGUCUGCUGUGUCGCGUAUGCGCUGACCGCGCCGGCGGCGCUGAGCAUCCCGUACGGCACGUGCAUCGGGCUGCUGUUUGGGCUGCUGCUCGUCUUCAUGCGGUCGUCCAUGAAGGAGGUGCUGUACAAGGUGAGGCCGAGGGCGCAAUCUUCAGUUCAAGAGGGCGCGAUUUGA